ACAUUCCCGCUGACGUCAUGCACGCUCGCAUUGCCUGGGACUGCUGUUGGAGGCGAGGAGCAGCCGAGGGGUCGUCUUCUUCACUCGAGUGUGGACGCGAGUUUCAUUCUUCCACAUGCAUGGGACUAAAAGGCAGGACUUUACAGAUGAAGUUACACGUUCCAAUGUAGAUCCAAGCCGCAGCUCAGCCAGCGCAACUACAAUCCUCCCAAGCAGGAGGAAUGCCAGCUCCUGAGCAGAGCCCAGUGACGGAGGAGGGGCUUCUGCUGACCAUCCGCGACAGUUCAACUGGCCGCAACAUGGAGGCUGACAACACCGCCAACAACAUCCUGGCCUCCGUCAAAGAGCAGGAGCUUCAGUUUGAGCGGCUAACCAGGGAGCUGGAAGUGGAGAGGCAGAUUGUGGCCAAUCAGCUGGAAAGAUGCAGACUCGGAGCUGAGUCACCAGGCGCUGGUAGCAGCAGCUCAUCUGAGAAGUCCCUACCUUGGAGAACUGCAGAUGCCUGUGCCUUGGGGGACACAAAGUCUCGGGUGACUGACAGCUCCCAGUCCCCGAGGUACCGCAUCAGGACGGAGUCAGAGCAGGUGUCUCUGUACUCCCCGGAGCAGUCCUCCCUUCAUGAAAGUGAGGGAUCUGGAGGGAAUUCGUGUAGCUCAGCUCAGAUGAACUCAUACUCGGACAGUGGUUACCAGGAUGCCAGCAGCAGCUACCUCAGCAGCCAGAACCUGGGCAAGGCUGAACUAAGGGUGCAGCAUUCCUUCCCCGGUGCUGGCACUGGCACACUGAUGAGGAAUGCCAGGGCUGAGGGACAGGCUUCAGCCCAGGUCACAACAGCAGUGCCUGGCCGAGCUAUGCGAAGGGUCAGCUCAGUGCCUUCUCGCUCUCACUCGCCAGCCUACGCGAGCAGUAUGUCCCCCUCCCGUGGUUCCCUGCGUACCUCAGUUGGCAGUGCCUACGGCUCCCCCAUUGUUACAGAACCCAAACCCCUGUCCGCCAUCUAUUCUACAACAUUGCCCUCUGCCCAGCGAACCAGUACUACGGGCGGCGGUAGCAGUGGCUCACCCUACAACACUCAGAAAAACUCCCCCGCUGCACUGCGUCGCAUGGGCUCCACAAACUCUCGAUCUAGCCGCACCACCUCACCCUACCAGGCCUCAGCAGGGUCACCCUCGGGCCGCAUGGGCUCACCUCUGACGAUGGUCGACAACGUCAACCCUCCGCUGACUAAACAGCCUACUCACACUUCGUCUCCAGUCAGGGCUAGUAUGACUGCCGUGCCCCAGCACUACAGCUCCACUCUGCCCCGCUCCCUGCUCCACAACACCGACCCCUACGGACCCCAGAGUUACGACAUUUACGAGAGAAUGACGCGACCUGACAGCCUCGCAGAUGCCCUCGUUGAUGGUGACGUACAAGGAAUACGGAGCUCUUACGCCAGUCAGCACAGCCAGCUGGCCCCAGACUUAAGGUCAACCAUCUCCCCAGACCGCCACAUCGCACCAAUCUAUGAGGAUCGGACGUACAAGGGCCCGUUGUAUCGCAGUCCCAGCCACACCCACCAGAGCACGCUCUACAGGAGCACAUCAGGUGUGGGCAGUCUGCAAAGGUCGUCUAGCCAGCGAAGUGCCAUGACCUACCAAAGAAACAAUUAUACUCUUAACACAUCAGCCACCUAUGCUGAUCCCUAUCGCUCAGCACAGUACCGGCCUUCCGAUCCCAAUUACACCCGCCAGGCUGUUGUCGUGGAUGAUGGUGCCGCCCGCUCUCCUUCCAUAGACAGCAUUCAGAAGGAUCCGAGAGAGUUCGCGUGGCGUGACCCAGAGCUAACAGAGGUGAUUCACAUGCUGCAGCACCACUUCCCAUCAGUGCAGGCCAAUGCAGCUGCCUACCUGCAACACCUGUGCUUUGGUGAUAAUCGAGUCAAGAAUGAGGUGUGUCGACUGGGAGGAAUCAAACACCUGGUGGACCUGCUAGACCACAAAGUCCUUGAAGUCCAGAGGAACUCCUGUGGCGCUCUGAGGAACCUCGUGUAUGGCAAAACUAUGGAUGACAACAAGAUCGCUGUUAGGAACGCCGGGGGUAUCCCAGCACUGCUCCGUCUCCUUAGAAAGACCGUGGAUGCGGAAGUGAGGGAGCUUGUGACAGGGGUGCUGUGGAACCUGUCGUCGUGUGACGCCGUCAAGAUGACAAUCAUCCGGGACGCCUUAACAACUCUGACUAACACUGUGAUCAUCCCUCACUCUGGAUGGAGCAGCUCCACCUUCGAUGACGAGCACAAGCUGAAGUUUCACUCCUCUCUGGUGCUGAGGAACACCACAGGCUGCCUGAGGAACCUGAGUUCAGCUGGUGAGGAGGCCAGGAAACAGAUGCGCACUUGUGAGGGCCUGAUUGACUCACUGCUCUAUGUCAUCAAAGCCUGUGUAAACACCUCUGACUUCGACAGCAAGAUUGUGGAGAAUUGUAUUUGCACCCUAAGGAACCUGUCAUAUCGUCUGGAGCUGGAGAUGACAGCACCCAGACUGAUAGAGGGGCAGGAAGUGGAUGGCUUACUGGCCAGAGAAUCUCCCAGUAAAGAGGUGGAUUCCAGCUGUUGGGGCAGAAAGAAAAAGAAGAAGAAAAACAGCCUUCAGGAAGACACAUGGGACGGUGUGGGGCCCAUCCCUGGCUUCUCCAAGUCUCCCAAGGGUGCAGAAAUGCUUUGGCAUCCUUCGGUGGUUAAGCCUUACUUGACUCUGUUGGCUGAGAGUUCCAAUCCUGCAACUCUGGAGGGAGCCGCCGGGUCUCUUCAGAACCUGUCAGCUGGCAACUGGAAGUUUGCAGCAUACAUCCGUGCAGCAGUGCGAAAGGAGAAAGGACUGCCCAUCCUGGUGGAGCUGCUUCGGAUGGAUAACGACAGGGUGGUGUGUUCAGUUGCCACUGCUCUGAGAAACAUGGCACUGGAUGUCAGGAACAAGGAGCUCAUAGGGAAGUACGCGAUGAGGGACCUGGUCAACCGUCUCCCUGGGGGGAACACCACCCUGCUGUCGGACGAGACCGUGGCAGCCAUCUGUUGCACCCUGCACGAGGUCACCAGCAAAAACAUGGAGAAUGCAAAAGCUCUCGCUGACACGGGCGGCAUCGAGAAGCUGGUCAACAUAACCAAGGGCAGAGGAGACAGGUACUCUAUGAAGGUGGUUAAAGCAGCUGCUCAGGUGCUGAACACACUGUGGCAGUACAGAGAUCUACGUGCCAUCUAUAAAAAGGAUGGAUGGAAUCAAAACCAUUUCCUCACACCAGUGUCCACACUUGAGCGAGACCGGUUCAAGUCCCAGCCCACCCUCCCCACCAGCAACAUUCAGAUGUCUCCAGUCAACCACCCUGCUGCCAGCGCCACGUCGUCUCCUGCACUGCUGGGCAUCAGAGAGCAUAGAGACACCAUCAGAGAUUAUCAGAGAGCACAGUCAACUAUGCAAUUUUCUAAUUACCAAGGAGACAACAGUAUUCAUAAAAAACCGUAUACAGGGUCUGGAAAGCCGUCUCCGUAUUACUACUCAUCACCCACAACAGAGGAGCCCCGAAGAACACAGCCUCUGUAUUAUUCAGAUGAGCCGAGCAGGAGAAACUACGAUACAUACAGAAUGUACCUGCAGCACCCACAUGGCUACGACGACUCGUAUUUGGAGGAGGUCAUCACUUACCCUCCCACCUUCAGCUCUCAGCCUCAUGGACUGAAAUCUACCUGUAACUACGUGGACUAUUACGCUACCACACGGACGCCUUCGUUCAGGGCAGAGCAGUACCCCGGCUCUCCAGACUCCUGGGUAUAGGUCUGGAGGUGCUACCGUUUCACCAUCACUUCGGUUUGUAACUGGGGUGCGUCUUCACCCUGCAGCAGAGGCGAGGAACACACAGGAAAUGACAAACUUACUUUUUUUUCAUGAACUUGGCUUCAUACAUGUUUGUUUUGUGGAUGUGUGUGUAUGGAGGAGAGUUCAACUGAGUGAUAACAGAUGGAAAGAUGGGAUGUGAGCCAAAGAAGGAAAUCAAGGAAUGUCUUUUUUUUUUCUAAUUAUUUUUUAUUUAGAUGAGAAAGAUGGAAUCAUGCUGUGAGUCUGUUGAGAGCAGAUAUUGGGACACUACAGUGAGGAGACAUGCGUCCUACUCUGUCUAGAUGUUAGGUUAAUUUUUCUUUUCGAAACUGUUAGCUGUGAUAGCAUGGUGAAAGGUGUGAGUCAUGUAAACGAAGGUCCGCGGUAAGAGUCGAGACUGGAGGAAUAUGUAUGUGCCGAAGCCAAAAUGGAUCAUGAACUCAUAUCUGUUUAAAAAAUGAAUCAAAAAAUAAAUAAAU